CAGGUCCUGCUGCUCUGCUUGCUGCUCGCUCGACAUGCCUAUCGACGGCCACGGACAUCUGGUUAAGCAAGGCUGGUCAGGCAAGGGCACAGGCCUCCGCAACGGCGCGAUAGCGAAGCCGAUCACCGUCAUACAGAAGAAAACGCUCGCAGGAAUUGGCAAGGACCGCGAUGAGGCAUUCCCCUUCUGGGACCAUGUCUUCCAAGCGGCUGCGGCGAGUAUACAGUUCAAGCUGCACGACUCGGACGAUGAAUCAAAUAGCGGAUCGGACGAUGAGGGUAGCUCAACACCUGCGCUAGAGCUCAAGCGCACCACCACGGGCAUCAUCUCCAACCGCCGCCCACUCUCCGGCACACCUGCCCUCUCUGGAGCUACGACCCCCUCCUCUAGCUCGAGCAGCACGAGCGCAGCCCCCCAACUGAGCCUUAUGGCGGUGGCCAAGCAACAGGCCGCGCGACGCAUGCUUUACGCAGCCUUUUACCGCGGCCCGGUGCUUGCGGCGGACGAAGAAAAGGACGAGGCGCCAUCACCGGUGAAUUCGCAAAGCCAAGCGGGGCCUUCUACGCUCUCUUCGUCCGCUUCGUCGUCAACGGAGGAGAAGCAGCGGAAAAUUAGCAAGAAGCGGAAAGCAGACGAGAGCGAGGAGAAGCAAGAGAGAAAGCGUCGGAAACGAGAGGCGAAAGCAAACGCGAAGGACGAGGCGCGGAAGACGUCCAAGGGCAAGGAAAGGGCAGCUGAGGCUUCAGAUGAGACCGAGGAUAAGGAGGCCAAGGCAGCGCGCAAGGCGGCGAAGGCGGCGCGGAGGCAGCAAAGGGCGGAGAAGCGCGCGCAUAAGGAAGAGCGGCGCAAGAAGAAGGCAGCGCGCAAAGCCUCCUCUCAGGAGUCUGCGGACGCGCCAAGUCGAGAUACCGCAGAGGCGGGCGUGGCUGAAGCGAUACCCAUGGCGGUCGAGGAUGCAGCGGAUACCCGGGAGACGGCGCCCACGAAGCAGAGGAAAACGAAGAAGGCCAAGGAGAAGGCUUCAGCCACCGACGCUUCGUCUUCAGACAAGAAGACGAAGAAGACGGCGAAGUCAUGACGGAUUUCUCACCACUCUCUGUCUGCAUUCGUCCUAUCAUACUUCUAGUCAUCUCCUCACACAUGUAUACUCCGUGCACAUCGACACAUAUUAUUCCUGAGA